UGCGGGGGAGGGGUGAAGGGCGGAGACAGCAACAGGUCAGCAGAGCAGAUCUGAGAAAUGAGAUCAAUAGGCGACACAGGCUGUGGCGGGAGCAUGCGCUCUAGACUCUAGAAACAUGCGCCUUGUGCUCGCUCUAGCGCUAACGUUCCUUACUCCAGGUAGGUCCGACCUUUUGCGCGACAGCGUGCACGUGACUUCGGCUGCAGCGCGCCCCAACAAUGAGCUGUGGUGCUACAAGUGUCGCGCCGAGCAGCCUGACGACAAAUGCGCCGACUUGCGUCAGAACAGCUCCUCACUCAUACACAAGUGCCUCAACGAGAAGAGGAUAUGCAUGGUGAAACGGUUCUCCUACACGACUUCCACUGAAAAUUCUACCACAGCGUUAACAAUGUGGGCACUUGAGCGCAAUUGCACCAAGAACUGUGAACCUGGCUGCAUCGUCAUCGGGGAAAGGACCAAACUAUACUCUUGCACCUCAUGUUGUGCUUCAUCGCUGUGUAACUACGGCUCGGGGACCCAAACACUUAUUACAGCUAAUAGUGGUAUAUCAGCACUGUUCCUCCUCGUUUAUGUAAUGUUAUCAUAAGUAGGUUUAUUAGUUACAUACACGCUGAUCUUUAAGAAAUUUCCAACUCCACUGCAACAACUAACGCAAGUCAUCAUUAUAUAAUCAUGAUGAACUUCCGCAAAGUAACGCCUGCUUCUAUCCAAUAUUUAACGCAAGUCAGUUUUCCACAAACUUUUGAAAACAUAGAUAACUAGAGCAGUCUGUGUUGUCUGUUAAUGUCAGGUAGUUUCUCACAGUUGGAAUUUUCCAAUUGAUCAGAGUUUAGAUAGAAAAAUUUAUGCCAAUUUCGCUUUAAUGUUUCUCGUUUAAAUAUUUGCUCAAAAAAUUACGGUAGGUAAUAAACCUACUUAAUACCUACUUCAAAAUAAAUAAAUUAUUAUUAAAAAUCCCAGAUUUGUGCCGUACCGCCUCUUACUGGUUACCUAUAAAAUAAUAUUAAUUCAAUUUUGCUUUCAUUUUUUUAUUAGCUGAUUCACCGAUUGUUUUCUGUUGGAAAUCUUUUAUUUAAUAAAAUAAGUAUGUAAAAUAUUACAAAA